GCAAGGUUCGAUCGGCGGUCAACGCGAUCACUCAGUACUCGCACUCCGCACAUUCUACAACCGUUCAAAAGUGACCCUCGAAGAUUUUUCGGAAUUUUUUUUUUUUUUUUUUCAUCGCCAACAGUGUCGCGCGUCGCUGCCGUUAUUGUUUAAAUCCUCUGCUGUACCAGUAAAAUAAUACAUACCCGCAGUCGUAAUUAUCGCUGCGGAGGGAAACAAAUUUUAAUACUAAAAAUAAUAAUAUUGUUAUUAUCGUCAUUAUCAUUGCUAUUCUUAACGUGAAAUAAGAAAAAAGCCGAGGAGAUAAAAUAUUUCGUAUCCAAGUUUAAUUCUGAUGACUGAAUAAAAUAAAGAAUAAUAGACAGAAAAAAAAAAAGAAAAUUGUAAACGAAAACGAGAAUUCACGGAGAAAUAAAUAUAUACAGAUAUAUAGAUAUUCAAAAUCUAUGGCGAUGAUGGAGCGAUUGGUAGUGACGGUUAUCGUUGCAGUUCAAUUGCUUCAUGGCGUGGCUGUAAUCGCGACGCCAAAGACCGUUGAUUUAAUUAAAUCGGUCAAGCUGAACGGUCUUAAGGACGAAGAGAUACUCGAGGCUUUGUCGUUGAAUAAAACUGAAAAUUCCGAUAAUUAUACGCUAGCUGAACUCAUCGAUCAUCUCGGUAAUCACACUGCGGCCAAUCAACAGCCCGCGCAGCAAGAUCGUGUUUGGAUCAUCAAUUCAACGGAAACAUUGCACACGAACACUUUCUACGAAAAUUUCGCCGAGGAAAUCGACAGAGAGUCCGGGAAUCUUCUUGAACUGAUUCCCGCUUAUCUUCCUGGAACGGGACCAGUCAGUGCGGAAUGUCGCCGGGAUUCGAACAUUUUCAAGCGAGAACUAAACAAGUUGAGCUUAUGGGCGUUAAAGAUGUUCGACGCCACGGCUAAAAUACCCUCGGGACUCCUGAACGGGAAUGUCAAUCAGUUCGGGGACUUUGACGAGUGUGUUGGCGUCCAAGGAAGCGAAGGAAUUCAAGGUCAAUACUGUCUUGCAUACCUUAAGUUGGACAUGGACGAUUCACGGCCGGACCUUAAGCAUCUUCACAGACUCCUACAUUCCCACUAUGCAUUCAACAGCAACUUAACCGACCCUGGACAUCGUGUACCCCGAUUCAGUACUGUGAAUUGGGCCGUCUGCACGCCAGCGUCGUGUUCACCGCAAGACGUGGAAGUAUCGUUGCGGCACGCGAUAGCUAAACACACGGCGCAAACCGGGCUCAAAAUAAGCGUCCGCGUUGACUCCGAGAUGUGUCAAAGACGACGAAAAGAUUCGUAUCCGAUGGAAAUGAUUGUUGCUAGCUGCUUUUUCAUGGGCGUGAUCGCUCUGGCAGUCGUUGCUUCCGUCUACGACCACUACGAACUUUCGGCGAGUGAAUUGUUGCUGUCGUUCUCGCUGAAACGAAAUUUCAACAAGUUGAUAUCACUUGAGAGAGGCGAGGGAGACAUCGCCUCGUUGCACGGGGUCCGGGCACUGAAUGCCUUGAUGUUGAUCGUGGCCCACAAGAGUAUGGCAAUGUUCUUCAACCCAUAUAUCAACAGAACGGAAAUGGCGGAGUAUCUCGGUAAACCUUGGACAGUGAUUGGCCGCGCUGCAAGUCUUUAUACCGAUCCGUUCAUCAUGCUGUCGGGACUUCUGACGACUUAUUCCUUCGUUGGGCGACUUAACAGAACCGGGGCACUGGACAUUAAGCGAGAGUACCUUUCCAGAAUUCUCAGACUAGUGCCCACUUUGGGGGCGUUAAUAAUCUUCUGUACAUUCGUGAUGCCGUUCAUGGGUUCCGGUCCCCAGUGGAAUCUCGUUGUAACACAUCACGCUGACAUAUGCAAGAAGACUUGGUGGAGAAAUUUCCUCUUCGUGCACAACUACUUUGGAUUUGAAAAUAUGUGCCUAACGCACACGCACCACUUGGGAAUCGACACUCAGCUAUUCGCUGCGUCGCCGUUGAUAGUUUUCCUUCUUUGGAAAAGACCUAAAAUCGGCACCGUUGUACUCACUGUUCUCGCUGUACUCUCGACCAUGCUGCGUUACAAGGUCACAUACGACAGGCAACUAAACAACUACGUUUUCUUCGGCACUUCAAUAAAACAGUUGUUCGACACAGCAAACCACUCGUACAUUUUACCAACUCAUAGACUCACUGUCUACAUCAUUGGAGUUUUGACGGGAUACUUGCUGAGGACUUUCCCGAAAGACUACAAAUUAAACCCUAUUUUCGUAAACGUCGGAUGGUUGGUCUCCACUCUAAUGUUUGUCGCAGCGUUUGUUGGCCCAGCCCCGAUGGGGUCAAUCAAUUACAUCUAUAAUCCGAUCCACGGCGCUGUUUACAACGCCUUUUCGCCGAUUGGUUGGUGCAUACUUUUCUCUUGGGUAGCGUUUUUGUCUCACACCGGUAACUCAAAUGGAAUACUGAGCCGAAUAUUUGCCUGGAGGGGAUUCCUUAUCUGCACGAGACUUAGCUACGCCAUUUAUCUUACGCAGUUUCCAGUGUUCUUCUACAAUGUCGGAAUGAAACGAGGCGCGGAAUAUUACGGAUUUAUUGGUACAUUGUUGAACGUCAAGGAGCUGACAUGGAUCCUUAUUUCAUCAGUUAUUUUAACGCUGCUGUUCGAGACGCCGUUCCAAAACAUAAAAAAUCAUUUACUGCGAAAACCGAAAAUGCCUGUAGCGACUGAACCGACGGGGAAUGAAAAAUCGAAAUCUGAGUAACAUGUGAUGAUAAAAAUAACGAUUUUUAAUCCCAUUUUGAAACUUGUAAAUAUAGGUACGUAGUGUUACGUAUUUUAUUAACAUUAUUAUUAUCCAGUUCGGAUAGCCUGAGUGUAUAAAAAAAAAUCCAUCACAUGCUUGUUUCAAUCAUGUACAAUGUACAUGUGAUACAAGAUUAACAUACUCACCGAAUACAUGUUUAUAUAUAUAUAUGAGGUAUUCCACACCAUUUCACCUAAUCGGUGAAGGUCACCGACGCCGAUCUUGGUGUCAAUUUUAUUCUCAAUUCGUCUAUCGAAAAAAAAGAACACGUGUUCGGCCGUUUUUCGAUUAGGCCACCUGUGUCGAUUUUAUGAAUUUUCCGAUUUUUCAACUUUUUCGAAACAAACUUUUUUCAACUGGCUCCAUCUUCAAGAGCUUUCAUUCUUUUCAAAAAAUGAUACAAGUAUAAAAUGUGUCAAUAAGUCCGAGCUUUCUGGAAAAAAUUUUUGAAAAUUUUUCCAACCACACAAUUCUAAAAUUUGUUCGAAAAAAAAAAAUCAAAAUUUUUUGAAUUGCGACACCUUUGAUUUUCCUGAAACUUUUUACUUGCAUUCGAACAGUUACAAUCAAGUUUUCCUCCAAAGGAAAUUAUGGACUUCCGAUUCGUUCGGGAGUUACACCAUCAUAAGUGCCGUAAGUGUUGUACAUAUACAUAUACACACACACAUACACACACAUAUAUAUAUAUAUAUUCAUAUCUACUAAACAUUCAUUUGUAAAUAGUUAUUAGAUAAUAAAUCCGGGUUUAGCAAGUUAUUGGCUGCGAUACAAGUUGUAGCGACGCUUCCAAGACUGAUCAAUAAUAAACUUUUCUUAUCACCAUCCUUUCUAAUCAAUACUUUUUUUUAAUUAAAAAUUUUAUACGUAUCUUCCGCCAAUUGGAGAUGAAGGAUGAAACAAAAAAUCUAAUCGACAAAAAUUCCUUAAGCGAAGACAAAGUUUAAAAAUGAAAGUAAUUUGGAUUUAGAGUUUUUUAAUGUGAUAAUAAUUUUGAGAAAUACGAAAAAUGCAUGUACAUUAUACGUAUUUUUGCAACACGACAACAUAGAUAGGAAUUUAGAGGUAACGCUUAAUUUUUUACUUCUAUUCAAUUAUCAUCAGGUUCUUUGUGUAUUGGAAAUUAUAAAUAAAAAAAAAUGUUAAGUGAUAUGUUUUAUAAUUCAUAAGUUAUAUUGUAUUAUGUUGAAAUGAUAAAAAAUAAAGUAUCUUUUUUAUAAAUGCUGCCCUCUACAUUUUUAGUGUAUUUUCAAAAUCGAAUGUUGCAAGAGGAAAAAAUAAGUAUAUGUGUGCUCCAAUACGUAUAUUAUUGAAAAAAAAACAUUGUAAUUCGUGCAGUCUUAAAAAAAAACUCAAAAUAAUAUCAAAAUAUACAUACACGCGCA